AAUGGAACGUGGCCCGAGCUCUUAAUCCAAACAAAUCUCGAAACGACAUAGCGCACGGAAUCGAGGGUUUCAUUUCUCCUUUGCAUAUAUCCUUACCUGCAAUUACAAGCGCCAAAAAAAUCACAUCAACCUAAUGAAUCAAUCAUUUUCCGUUUGAAAUUCCCAAACCUCCUACUCGCUCGCAGGCUUGGCAUGAUGGACUCAAACUUACAGUCUCCGCCUCAUGACAAUUCUGAUACAAAAAACGCAUUUCGCAAGCCUACUGGUGAUGCAGCUAAUAGGAAUUAUCGGCGUCGAUCACCUGUUGAGGGAUCUCCAUCACCUGAUGGUUGGGAUCUUUUAAGCUGCAAUCCCAAGCAUGAACACAGCUCAAGUCCAAAUCCAUUAAGGGAAGAUUCUGUAAGGGUCUCUCAUCGUCAUUCGAGGAAGUAUGAUGGCAGGGAACAAGACCGACAAUAUAGCAGAAAUCACUAUGGCAGAAGCAGUGAUUCUCUUAGACAUUCUGAUAGACAGUCAUCCAGGAGCUCCUAUGGUCAUUCUAGGCAUGACAAGUAUGCAGAUGAAGAUAGAUACCGUGAGAGGCUAUCAUCUCGUUCUGGACAUGAAUCUAGGGGUGAUCAUUCGAGAGAAGAGAGUGAUAGCAGGUCAAAAGACUACCAGCGCAGUGUGGACAAGUAUUCACGUGACAAAUAUGACAGGUCAGAUUAUAGAAGCAAAGAGAAAGAUAGAGAAUCAUAUUUGGAACAUCAUAAAUAUAAAGACGUGGAUGCUUCGUAUGACAGAUCUGUAUCUAGCAAGAGGAACACACCAGAUGAUGAGCUGGAGAGGGAGAGGCGUACAAGGGACCGGGAUGGUCGAGAUGAAAGAAGAGAUUCCCGCAGAAGUUCUGGAGAUUACAGAGGUGACCAACUUAUCUCCUAUUCGGAGUCAAGGAGCCAGAAAGAUGACUCAGGUUCACAACGAGAAAGUGGUAAAUAUCUAAAAGAAGCUUGUAAGAGUGAACAGAAAGAGCUGAAUGGUCAAAACCUUCCAUGCGAAGAAAAGAGAAAAUAUGAUGACAUUGAGAUUGGUAAGGACAAGGACAGGAACACUAGAAAAGUAGGGGAGCAGUUUGGUAUUGAAGAUAAAGAAUCUUCUGGAAAAAAACCAAAGUUUUUUGGUGCUGACAAGGAUGACAAUUAUGGAAAAGAUGCAGAUGAAAGGCAGACUUCAAGUUCAAAGCUUUCUCAAGAAAACAAGGUAGAUUUAGGGGCUGCCAAGACCAGUGGUUUUGAUGUUGGAAAUGAUCUAGAUGCUGCAAAAGUUGCGGCCAUGAAAGCUGCUGAAUUAGUUAAUAGGAACUUAGUUGGGGCUGGCUGCUUGACUACUGACCAAAAGAAGAAGCUGUUGUGGGGAAGCAAAAAGAGUACACCUACGGAAGAGUCUGGCCAUCGAUGGGAUACGGCUAUGUUUACCGAUCGUGAGCGGCAAGAGAAAUUCAACAAACUCAUGGGUGUGAAAGGUGAAGCCAAAGUGGAGCAGAACUCUGACAACCAAAGUGGCAACGACAUUCUCCGUGCAGAAAAGCAGAAGGAACUCCAGCUGGAUCUAGAGAAACAGUACACUGCAGGUCUUCGACGAAGAGAUGGCCGUACAGUUGGAUUAGGUCUUUAAACAUAAGUUUGCAUCCUUUGACAUUUGCGAUGUUUUUGAGUAACAUUUGUUUGCUUUAGACAUGUUUGGGAGUUUAUGUAUGCUCUGAUAUCAGGCGCAUCAUUUCUUGGCAGCUGGUAGAAGUUCCUUGUUAGACAAGGACAUGAUAUUUCUAUGGAAUUGGGCUUAAUCUGUAUUUGCUUGAUGUUGAUAUAAUUCAUAUAAAACUUAAAUAGGUAAAUUGGCGCUUAGAAAUUCAAUUUGAUAUUAUGCAUGU